AUGGACCUGGACCUGGCCCCAUCCUCGGCGCUUGCGGCCGACACGGAGAAGGAUUCCCGAGGCGAAGGCGCCAGCGAAUCUCCAUGCGACGGUGGAGAGACGGCCGAAGAGUGUCCAGGACUCCAAGUGACCAUCUGCACCCUGGCCGGAAGUACAGCUGCAGAGCUGCAGGUGAAGUCUUCUGACACUGUGCUCAGCCUGAAGCAGCUGCUUUGGGCCAGGACAGGCACUGAAGUGGCAAAGCAGCGCCUGAUCCUCGAGGAGACGGAGCUGGAAGAUAUGCAGACCAUGGAGCAGUGCAAGGUUGCUGACGGCGCAAAGCUUUGCCUGGUCUGCCUGCCCACUGCAGAGGACCAACAGAACAAAAUGGAGGUGAUCGUGCGCUGCCGACCUCCUCGCGCGAGAGAUGUGGAGAUUGGGUCGCGGAGAGUCGUUGAAAUGGACGGACCUCGUGGCGAAGUCAGUGUGGCUGAUGUCGGCGACGGACCACCUAGGACCUUCACGUUCCAGGCAGUUCUGGAUGACACUGCAAAGCAAAGCGAGGUCUACAAGAUGGUUGGCCGCGAUGCCCUGCAGACGGUCCUCGAGGGCUACAGCACCACCAUCUUCGCGUACGGCCAGUCAGGGUCCGGGAAGUCCCACACGCUGUUUGGAAGCGGCCUCUCUGAGCCGGCACAGGAGGAGGAGGGCCUUGCGCCGAGACUCUUCCGACAGCUCUUCCAAAUUACAGAGACUUUGCCGGCGAUGCAGUGGAGAAUCGGCUGUGCCAUGCUACAGAUCUACAUGGAGGACCUGGUGGACCUGCUGUCCCCGAACCCUCGCGAGACAAAGAAGGUGCGAGAUGUUCCCAGCAGGGGCGGCAUCUGCGUGGAGGAGGGCACCGACGUUGAGGUCCGAUCGUUGGCAGAGUUGGACGAGGUUCUGAAGAUCGGCUUUGCGAAGGAGGCCGAGCUCCCGCGUGGUCCCAGCAAGAAGGACCGCAUCGUUGCUCUGACGGUACGAAGUCAAGAUUUGGGCGGCCAAGUGCUCACACGGAAGCUCCAGUUUGUUGAGUGCCGGGGCAGCGAGAAGUUGUCCAAGGUGGGCGUCACCUCAGAUGCUCUCCGCGAACAAGCACAAAUCAGCAGGAACUCCUUGGGUACCGUCCUCGAGGCCCUUGCAUCGGCACGCCCCGUGGUACCAUACCGAGAUGGCAAGUUGACAAGACUUCUCGCCGACUCACUGGGUGGGCAGACACGCACGAUAUGGAUUGCGCAGGUACUCCCCGGGUCCCACGAGCACGACGAGACUUUGUCAACACUGCGACUGGCAAAUCGGGUGAAGCAGAUAGUUAACAAGCCUCUCGUAGUCCGUCCCGACCCGCCUGAUCCGCUCCCCUGCGUUCCCUUCUCUGACGCCACAUGGCUGCGCCUGUGA